GUGAUGUAGUCGCGCGCAUCUCAUUUGAUCACAGCUCUCGCGCUCAGGUGGGGGACUCUUGGUUAAACCUCAAGCUUCUCCUCCCACCAGCAGGGAAAUCAAACACAGCAGCAUGCUGCGGUCCCCCACGCAGCCUCUUUUGACCGCACGUCGAGCAUAAUCCAAAAGAAUAUUCUUGCUACUUUUUACACUUGAAAGAAACUCACAAAAAGGCAUUUCUUAGGCAGUUUAUAAGUACUUCUGCAGUUUGCCAAGUCACCUGGACCAACGAAGAUGCCCCACCAAGAGCAGGUGCUGGCUCACGGGAACCUCUGCGCCCAGGGUCCUCCAAAGAACGCCGGGUAUAACAGCAACCCGGUGCCCAUCAUGACUCAAACAGAGUCCCGCGAUAAAUGGGGCAAAAAAAUGGAUUUUCUUUUAUCAGUCAUCGGUUUUGCGGUAGAUCUCGGAAAUGUUUGGAGAUUUCCAUAUAUCUGUUAUCAAAACGGCGGAGGUGCAUUUCUUAUUCCAUAUGUCCUGAUGGCUGUAUUCGGUGGGGUGCCACUUUUCUACAUGGAGUUAGCUCUGGGACAGUUCCACAGGACAGGUGCCAUAUCCAUAUGGAAACAUAUUUGCCCUAUGUUUAAAGGUAUUGGUUUCGCCAUCUGCAUCAUUGCACUGUAUGUGUCCUUCUACUAUAACACCAUCAUCGCCUGGGCUCUGUUCUACUUCUACUCCUCCUUCAGUAGCACUCUGCCCUGGACCAGCUGUGAUAAUGAAUGGAACACAGAAAACUGCACUAACUACUUCGGAAAAGACAACGUGACCUGGACUAACUAUUCACGCUCACCUGCCGAGGAGUUUUACACGAGGAAUGUCCUGGUAGUCCAUGAAUCAUCUGGGCUUGGGGAUGUGGGAUACAUUCGCUGGCAGCUCAUGCUUUGCCUCUUCCUCAUCUUCACCAUUGUCUACUUCAGCCUUUGGAAAGGAGUCAAGACUUCAGGAAAGGUAGUUUGGGUGACUGCCACCCUGCCGUACGUGGUGCUGUUGAUCCUUAUGAUCCGUGGUGCAACUUUGCCAGGAGCGUGGAAAGGAGUGGUGUUCUACCUCAAUCCCAAAUGGGAGAAACUGAAGGAGACCAGCGUAUGGGUCGAUGCAGCUGCGCAGAUCUUCUUCUCUCUUGGUCCUGGUUUUGGCGUUCUGCUCGCCUUAUCCAGCUACAAUCCCUUCAACAAUAACUGCUACAGAGAUGCUAUUGUAACCAGUCUGGUCAACUGCCUGACAAGUUUUAUCUCAGGAUUUGUUAUUUUCACUGUCCUGGGAUAUAUGGCCGAACAGAGAAAUGUAAACGUUGAGGAUGUAGCCAGGGACAAAGGACCCAGUCUGCUCUUCAUCACAUAUCCAGAAGCCAUUGCAAAUAUGGUUGGGUCGACUUUCUUUGCCAUCAUCUUCUUUGCGAUGAUGAUUACUCUUGGACUGGACAGCACGUUUGGUGGGCUAGAGGCCAUAAUCACAGCUGUAAUGGAUGAGUACCCAGACACCCUGUCCCACCGGAGAGAGCUGUUUGUUCUUGGACUGGUGGUUGUUUGCUUUCUGGGCUCUCUCAGCACCCUUACUAUGGGUGGUGCAUAUGUGGUAAAGCUACUAGAAGAAUUUGGAGUUGGUUCUUCAAUUAUAGCAAUAGUCUUUCUGGAGGCCACAGCAGUAUCCUGGUUUUAUGGUAUUAACAGAUUCAGCAAUGAUAUCAAAUCAAUGUUGGGCUAUACUCCAGGACUCUUCUGGAGAGUGUGUUGGGUUGCCAUCAGCCCAGCUUUUCUCGCUUACAUCAUUAUCAGCUCACUGUUGAACCCUCAGCCCCUCUCACUAUUCGACUACAAGUACCCAGACUGGAGCAUGACGGUCGGUUACAUCAUCGGCGCUUCCUCCUUCAUGUGGAUCCCCAUCUACAUGGUGUACAAGCUUGUGUGGACCCCAGGCUCUCUUAAACAGCGUCUUGCUGUAUGUCUGCGACCAGAGAGAACACUGCCAGACAUCCACACAGACAGUAUGAGCCUAAGUCCUGUACCAUAGACCACUGAGAAAAACAACUGAACACAACUCACACACACAAAAAAGCCCACAAAUAUUGGGUUACACAUGUCCACGGCCAACUAAGCAACUUUUGCAUAGUUUUAGGGGUUUGUCCAGAAUAAAUGAUCUAUUCAAAUGUGACGUAUAUUAGAUUUAAUCUGAAAAAAAGAAAACAUUCAAUGUAAAUUAUAAAUGUUAAUUAAAUAAUCUGUGCAAUUUUCGGUUUAUGUAUAGAGGAAGAGUUCAGUGGUAUUUUUUACAUUGCAAGUACCCUCCAAGUCACAAAACGUUUUUGAGAUACAUGCAAGUGAGAUUACCUCAUUGUGAGAAAUUCAGCCAAUGAGAACAGAGAACUUCAUACACAUUUCUCACGUAUUUUUCAGAAAUAACUGUUGUUAGAUUGAAUCAUUAUUGUGUUUUUCUGCCUUAACUCUGACUAAAUAUUGUAGCUACUUUAUGUCAAAACUUUGUAAAACCUGUAUUGUGCCUCACCAAGAAAAGGACAAAAAGACAAAAAUAAGGGUUUCUUCUGAACUAACACUACAUGACUGUUUGAAAUUGUCAUUUUCUAACAAAACUUGAGCCCCAAUCCUAGCUACAGUAUGUGUAACUUGUUCAUUUUCUUCCCACAUUUUUUUCCAAAUAAAGAACUGAGGAUGUUACUGAACUCUGGAUGUGACCAAAUAUUAAAUUGCUAUGAAUGUCUUAUUAUGGAUAGUUCAAAAUGUGGUUCAUAUACUAUGUCUGCACUGUAGGUUGUGGCAGAGAGUUUUGCUUGUGUGUAUGUUUGGACAAUUAAUAAAGCUGUGCUGAACAUUCCUAUCUAUAUCUAUCUAUCUAUCUAUCUAUCUAUCUAUCUAUCUAUCUAUCUAUCUAUCUAUCUAUCUAUCUAUCUAUCUAUCUAUCUAGUGUUAUAAUUAUCUAUUCAGAUUUACAAUGCUAUGUGUGAUUCCCACUUUCGUUCUCUUAGCAUGAACAGCCUUGCACUUUAAUUAACAUGUUGAUUUGCAUUGAGCUGCAGUAUCCAGCAUCUGUAAACACACAAGGGGUAAGAGAACAGCAUUGUGUCAGGCAUUUAAAUGAGAUGUUUUAUUAAAGACCAGAUCUUCAAUCGCCACCAAUCGCAGCUCUGGGAAACGCGGCUCAGUUCUGCCAGUUUCAGGUAUGGGGUGAGAGAAUAGAGCAAAGAUAAUGCUAUUCCACAUUCAGCCACUUCUAGCAGAGACCGCAGAAUGGAUCAAAGGCUUCAGUGCAGGCGACUGGAGGAGAGGUGGACCUCAACUACAGAGGAGCCUAACAAAAGGCCUGCAGGCUCUGUGCUCGUCUGUUAAUUACCAAAUCUGAAAGACCAAGAGUUGCAUGGAAAAGGCUAGUGAGUGACAAACUGUAUGUGACCUGCAAUAACAGUGUUUCAUGAGAUGAAGUUAAGGCCGUAGAAAAAAUCUUUGACAAACUAAUGUUCACAAACAGUUAAAAAAAAGCUGACGAUGACUUUAAAAAUUGUAACA